ACUCAAGUUAGGGGUUUUGAGACAACACUGGAAGGCCAAAUAACAUUGGAAUAGAAACAAAACUGGAGAAUGUAGUCCACAUUCUAAACAUUUUUCUUCAUGUAUCAUUUUCAAUAUACUUAGGAAGGAAUCUUCAGAUUCUCUUUCACCCGAGCCAUAAAAUUCAGAGAGUAAAAUGUAUUUGAUUGAAAUACGAGUAGCAAAACCAAUUCCCUUCAAACAAAUCCUAGGAAAUUACAACCCCCGACAAUAGCUCAUAUUGUUUCUCCUUAGUUUAAUCAUGUAAUCAUCCAAUCAGUUUUGAUUAUUUUUUUAACUCCAAAUCAAUCCUGGACUGUUAUGGGCGAAAGAACAUAUACUCGGACUAGAAGGAGGUUAGGUGAUUUAAUGUAUUUCAUUUCACUUACUUUUAUUAUUAAGCUUAUAUUAUAAUAUGUGGCCUCAGAAUUAAAAGGGUGAUCCAAGAUUGUAAGGCAUUCGCAACCGACCGGUGAUCGCCCCCACGCCACGAUCUUUGAGUGCGGCAUAGAGAUUUGUUGUUUUUCAGUACUAUAUAAGAUCCAAAAGGAGCACAAGGGUUUUACAUGCAAAAUUUGUAUAUGAGAGUUUAGAAUUGGAUAGAGGAGGAGAACUCAGUUCCAUUUCUGUGAUCGAGUUCAAGAAAUUUCAACCAUAAAUGACAAAAAGUUUUAAUCAGCUCGCGACUUGGGGAAUAUUGGCAUUUGUAUUGGCUGCUUCUUGCUCUUCUCCCUCACCGGAAUUUGACAAGGACUUCACUAUUUUUCUCACCAACUUGUCCAAGAGAUGGAUUCAGGAUUGCGCACUGCACAACCUGUCAGCUCAGUCGAUAUUGAAACAAUUGAUCAGAUGGCAGAAGGAGGAAUCAAUGGCAGCAACAAGGGAAGUGGUGGGAAGAGUCAAGGAGGAUGGACAACUGCAUUUAUCUUGCUGUCGAAUCAAGCACUGGCUACACUAGCUUUCUUUGGAGUUGGAGUGAACUUGGUUCUGUUCCUAACUAGAGUCCUUGGUCAAGACAGUGCUCAGGCUGCAAAUAGUGUCAGCUUGUGGACAGGAACUGUUUACAUCUUCUCACUCAUUGGAGCUUUCCUUAGUGAUUCUUACUUCGGUCGAUUCAAAACCUGCACAAUCUUUCAGUGCUUUUUUGUUCUGGGCUUGGGGCUAUUGUCCUUCACAUCUUGGAAAUUCUUGCUCCAUCCACAUGGUUGUGGUGAUGCAGUGAUACAAUGUAAGGAAACAUCCUCAGUGGGGACUGCAAUUUUCUACAUGUCCAUCUAUCUAGUGGCAUUUGGCUAUGGAGGGCACCAACCUACCUUAGCAACCUUAGGUGCUGAUCAAUUUGAUGAAAAGACCAACAAAAUCAGCAACUCAAGAGAGGCUUUCUUCUGCUAUUUCUACUUUGCCCUCAAUGUUGGAUCUCUCUUCUCCAACACUGUGCUGGUUUAUUAUGAGGACACAGGGAUGUGGACAAUGGGUUUCGCGGUGUCGUUGGCCUCCGCUGUGAUCGCCUUGAUUUCAUUCUUAUCAGGAUAUAGUAAAUACAUAAAAGUAAAGCCAUGUGGGAAUCCAGUGAUUAGGGUGGUGGCAGUAUUUGUGGCUGCUGCUAGGAAGAGGAAGGUUCAACCAGCUAAGGGUGACCAGCUUUAUGAGGUUGAUGGUCCUGAAUCUGCCAUUAAAGGGAGUAGGAAGAUUCUUCACACUGAAGAUCUUGGAUUCAUGGACAAGGCAGCAACUGUAACAGAGAAAGAUGAGAGUGAUCUCAAGAAUCAUUGGCGGAUUUGCACGGUAACUCAAGUUGAGGAAGCCAAAUGCGUGUUGCGAAUGUUACCGGUUUGGCUAUGCACCAUCAUUUACUCGGUCGUGUUCACACAAAUGGCUUCUCUUUUCGUGGAGCAAGGGGAUGUCAUGAGCAACAAGGUAAGGGGUUUUCACUUGCCAGCAGCCAGCAUGUCAGUGUUUGAUAUCUGCAGUGUGCUCAUAUGCACCGGACUUUAUCGGCAAGUCCUCGUUCCAUUGGCCGGAAGGCUGAGCGGCAACCCUAAGGGAUUAACCGAGCUUCAAAGAAUGGGAGUUGGCCUAAUUAUUGGAAUGUUUUCCAUGGUUGCAGCUGGUACUACAGAGCUUGUAAGGCUGAGACAUAUUAUUCCUGGGCAGAAAGCUAGUUCAUUGAGCAUAUUUUGGCAAAUUCCGCAGUACGUUUUAGUUGGUGCUUCAGAAGUUUUCAUGUAUGUGGGUCAAUUGGAGUUCUUUAAUGGUCAAGCCCCAGAUGGAAUAAAAAGCUUUGGGAGCUCACUUUGCAUGGCCUCAAUUUCUCUUGGGAACUAUGUGAGUAGCAUGCUGGUUGCCAUGGUGAUGGGAAUCACUGCAAGAGGUGAGAAGCCAGGGUGGAUUCCAAAUAACUUGAAUAUGGGCCACAUGGACAGGUUUUUCUUCCUCCUUGCAAUGCUAACUGCUGUUGACUUCUUUCUCUACUUGUUCUGUGCUAAGUGGUACAAGAACAUCCAUGUUGAAGACAGUGAAGAGGAUGAUGAUGAUGAAAUAAGUAGCAAAGUUUAGUUGAGAGCUAGCUUCAGUAGUUUUAAUUGAACUUUUGUUUUCUUUCUAGGGACUUUUGUUUUUCUUGGUGAUUUCAAUAAGCAUGACCAAAUCAAUUUGAGAGAAUUGAAAGAUAUUGGUGGAGUGAUUGCUUUCUUGGUAGCUUUGAGUGUUAUUUCAGAUUUUAUUUUGAAUAACAGGAUCAAACUUUUCUGUUCACUCGUAAAGCUUUUCAUGUCCAAUGUUUUACAUGCCAUAUUGUUUCAAUUCUUGGCUGACUUUGUGAAACAUUUUGUCCUGUAUUUCUAAUGCCUGUCAAAAAAAUUCCCUUUCUGUCCUUUAUUUUUCUCCUUUAGCCGGAAAUGGACACAAGCAGGAGGAGGUUUUUCCUAUGAUCUUGUUUGUUUUUAUGUAAUGCUGGUUUGGUAUAUUUAUUUGGGGCU